CUUUAAUUUGGUGCCGACAUAAAACUGUCAUGUGUCAAAUUCAAAAUGUCGGAUCAGCUUUGGUUAUAAUCUAUCGCUGAUAAAAAUAGCAUUAUUUGGCUAUAAAUAGUGUUAUCACAUUAAUAUAAAGAUGUCAGCGAGCACAAGUCCGUCGCAUUACACCGAAGACGCUUUCGUGACAGAUGCCAACUUCAAAGUGGAAAUUAAUCAAAAAAUGAAAGUUCCGGACAAGAUCAGCUUCAACACGGACUUGAAUGGGGCCACCCAGCCUGCCUGGAACCGCGACAACAUCAACAUGCAAGUCCCUGAGAGAAUUCUCGUUGUGGGACAACACCAGCACAUUGGCACAAGGGCACCGCCACGCGAAAUUGUCUUUGAUAAUUCGAUUUUGCCGCCAGAGCCCUACCCCGGGGAUGUGCGAGUUGCGACACCGCCCAGGACUUUGACUCUGGACAAGUACCCAUUUCCCACACUUGAGGAAAUGGAAGAUCCGGAACUGAACCAGAUUCCGGUUGUUAAACCAAAGAAAAAACAGACUUUUGAUGAUUCAGAUUUGAAUCUGACAAUACGGGAGACUACGCCUCCGAUUGGGGGUAGUGGCGAGAGGCUGACGCCUGCCGAAGAGGUGUUACAUCUCAGGAGGCAAAUGGCGAAGCUCAACAGACGGGUGAUGGCCUUAGAAUUAGAGAAUUUGAGCCGGCUUCAAAAGGAAAAGUUUUUAGUAGGGUUUGGAGUCGCUUAUUUGUUGUUGAAAGUCAUAAUUUGGAUGAAUAGAGAGUAGGGGUCACUAGUGAGUUUAUUUAUCCCUAAGUUAGGAAUAAAAUUGUAUUGACAUUAAUUAGAUUCUGUUAUAUAAGCAUCAUUUCCUAAUUUUCCAAGUUUUUAUUAAUAGUCUUGUAACCGAUUUUUUUGAAUAUAAUUAUCACAAUUA